UUCAAAUUCUGGGUUAGUAUCUCGAACUAUGUUGCCACAUUCCUCCUCUCUUUUGUUUUUGUGAUGUAUAAGUGUAGAAAGUAGUGUUAUAAAUUAUCUAAAAAGCACAAGGUUUAUUUUUCAGUAUCAAAAGCAAGGAUCUGCAGUAAGUAUUUUUUAACUAUUACAAUUAAGAGCUGCGUAAAAGGUAUGAUUUUAGGCAGCACACUUUACUCAAUAAUAACUGUCAGAACUAUCAGCAAUUUUAUUUGUUUUUGUGACAGGUUGCAGCCCGUACUUUAGGAGAUCUAGUGCGGAAACUAGGCGAACGGGUGCUGCCAGAGAUCAUUCCGAUUCUGGUGAAGGGGUUGGAGUCGGAUCAACCAGAUCAGAGACAGGGAGUGUGUAUUGGUCUCUCAGAGAUAAUGGCUUCUACCAGCAAAGACAUGGUGCCCACUGUGUGAUCCGCUGCCAGAAGUGAGGCCGAGCACUCGAUGACAUCCUUCCGGCAAUGCUCAACCAUUUGAUUGACCCACACCCGAAGGUUGCAGAGUCCGCGCUAGAGGGGUUACGGCAGGUGACGGCCAUAAAGUCACGCGUGGUUCUGCCGUACCUUGUUCCACAGCUUAUCGCUCCUCCACGAGUAAACACCAAGGCUUUAUCAAUUCUUGCCUCUGUGGCAGGCGAAGCUCUUAUAAAGUAUUAUCUGCACUUCUGGCAGCUCUGUCUAUGGCCCAAGGCACAACACAUGAGGCCCAGGAGCUGGAAUACUGUCAGUGACGGAUGAAGUUGGUAUUCGGACAAUCAUGGACCAGCUGAUGGGGUCCACUCGGUCAGACAAGGUGGAGCUCCGACGUUCUGCGCCUUCUGUCGGCUCAUUCAUGCUGACUACUCUCAGUAUGUGCCACAGCUUCUGCGAGGCCUAAUACUUAUGUUCACAGACUCAAAUUCUGAUGUGUUUCAGAUGGCAUGGGAAGUUCUCAGUGCUGUUACCAAGACUCUGGACUCUUCCCAACAAACCACUCAUGUUGGGGACAUACGACCGGCCGUGCGUUUUGCUGUCAGUGAUUUAAAAGGACAAGAUUUGCUUCCUGGCUUUUGCUUACCAAAGGGCAUCAUGCCGAUUCUUCCUAUUUUUCGUGAAGCUAUUCUUAAUGGGCUUCCUGAGAUAAAAGAGCAGGCUGCACAGGGCCUAGGUGAAGUGAUAAAACUGACCAGUGCUCAAGCUCUCCAGCCAUCUGUGGUUCAUAUCACGGGUCCACUCAUCCGUAUUCUUGGAGAUCGGUUCAAGUGGAAUGUGAAGGCUGCAGUGCUGGAAAGUCCUGUACUGCUGCUUGUGAAGGUGGAGAGAGAGAGAGAGAGAGAGAGAGCGCGGAGAACGUGACAUUAUGGACAACUCUUACGCCGUUCAUAGCAGUUGCCUUCCUCGUCACGUCGGUGGUCCUGCUGAUGGGAUGCGUCUGUUGCCGUGAGAAUAAGGGCUUAUAAGUAAGAGCCGUGGAAUAACGCUGUCUUUGUGCAACUGCAUUUUUGUGGAAGAGAUUUACCAUCGGACACCAAUGCCUGUGGCUGGGACGUGACACUGACCGCUCAACCCCAUCCGCCUACCUUACUUUACUUAUCCGCAAACGAGUAACAGUAAACCUCUUCCUCUGUAAUUGUUAUGUUAAGCAGACUACAAUGGCUGUUACGCAGUUCUUUCUUUUCAGCAGAUAUGAAUUGGAAAUUCAAAUAUUGCUUUGAAGACCAUUUCCGGGUCGUUUCGGGCAGGAAACCGAAGUGGCCAAAAUGCGGCACAGCACAGUGCAGAUUAACAAAUGACGGGGUAAAAUAUUUAUUUAUGACUCUGAUACCAAAACAACUAACGAGCUGCCUGGUAAUUAUGCAUCCUGAAUGUGGCGUCUGUCCAGUGGACAGGAGAACAUUAUCCGCGUUGAUACAACUGAUUUCCCCAAGGUCCAGCUUAUUCUUCAGUAUCCCAACUGAAAUUUUAAGGACCUCCCCCACCCUUCUCCAGUAUUGCAUACUUAUCGUAUGUUACAAGAGUACGAUCUUGGUUUGGGUGGAGUGAAAACAAUACCUUCAGACUGUAAUGGAGAUUUUCUUGACGGUCACAGUCUGUAUGUGGGUUAUGGAAAAGAAAAUAGGGAAGCGAUGCUAUUUUUACCCUGAGACUAGCCACGUACCGGGUCACAGAUGAAGCCCUUAACUUUGGACCGCGAAACACUGGUAACCACCUACAAAAUUACACGGCACUAAAACCCGGAUGACCGCUGAUUUUAAUCGAGUACACUUUCAGUAAUGUCGAUUCCUCACAGGCAGCAAUCAUCUUAAAGUUAGCGGUUGAAUAUUUAUUGCGUAGACAUUACGAAACCCGUGUCAGGAUUCGAAUAAAGAACUAAGGUGUAACGAAAGAGAAAUAAAGUAAGAGAGUGAGCGAGGUAAACAGGAAGAGAGAGAGAGAGAAAAAGAGGCUGAAAAGAAAUAGACAAGGGGAGAGAGACAAAAAUAUCUACGCGCUUCACAUUUUACCCAUACGUGCUACAUCUUGUGCCCAUCUAAUCCUCGUCGAUUGAAUCACUGAUAUUAUUUUUCUUUUAUAUUGCGGACGCACUCGUUACGAAAAUUUUCCAGCUCCCAGGCGGCUUAUCCCAGCAUCAUCGCAGGAAACAUUCAGACUGCGUUCUAACCUCAACGUAAAUUUAUCAAAAUAUUGUUAAGAAACAGUAAAUACCAGCGUAGUGAUUCGUUGUCACUGGCCCAACUCUGUUGUAACCCCUGCCACAAAACGGUCACUAGCCCCAAUGUUAGAUGUUCUGCAGUGGUCCAGCACUGCCAGUGCCUCAGUGAACACCGAGAUGACGUCAGUCUGACCAACGGAACAGACUGUAACGGUGAUCCUGACCUGCACUUUGCUGUCCGCUGGAUAACAGUUGUUGGUUUCCUCGGGAACGCUCUCUGUUGCCGAAAUGCAUCUGAUAAAGCGACAGAGUUUUUUGUGAACCAGUAAAUUUUGAAAUUUGUUGUAAAACGUAUUUCGGACUGUUGUAUAGAGUGUUAUAAUUUAUAUCACAGUGCCCUGAUGAGGGUAGCAGAGACCUCUGAAACGUCGGCAAACUUCUACAAAACCACUAAGCACUCCAACCCAGAAGACACCAAUCUUCGCACUCACCGCAGUGAGAACAUCAAAUACUAUACUACCAAAAGUGUACUAUAGGUUGUUUGUGCAUGUUUGAUCUUCGAACCUGUGCAACAAAAUUGGAUGAAUUUUUGUGCUAGGAGAUCUGUGUUAUAUUUUCGAGGUGAGUGUAAACCGUACCAAGCAUAAAGCUUGCGUGGAACUUGUCCACUUUCUCAAAAAUGGCUCCUCUUACGAAAGUUUUUAAAUGCUUAAAGUAAAUAUCCUUCUAGAUUCUGUAACUUCUAUUGUAAUGUUUUUCGAUAUGGUGAAUAUUUAACGAAAGUACAGUGAAGAAAUAAACAGAUUCCUACUGA